GCCAUCAAGACGGACAUCACCAAGCUGCAGACGAGACCGGACGCCACUACAAAGACUUACAAGAUGCCGCACUUCGACAUCAGCAAGUUCGACGACUACAACAAGUCGGACGCCUUGACAUGGUGACAACGUUUCCUCACGGAAGCAUCAUGCCGCACCGUCCCGGCAUACGACAUGAUGAAGGCACUCUACUUGCAACUAAUUGGAGGAGCGCAGGCUUGGAUGAACCAUCUGGCGGCUACCAACAAAUGCACCAUCGCCGACCUCCACACGCACAUCACRUGGAAUGAGUUYRAGAARCUAUGGUUCACCCGGUUCAUGGUCCGCAACGUCGUGAAGGCGGCCAUGAACGAGGUGUACACCUGCUCUCAAGGAAAUAUGCCAACUCGAGACUGGACAACCAAGUGGCAGAAGAUAGUGACCACGCCWGGAUUCGAUUUGAGUUUUCCAAAUCAACGAUCCGAGUUCUUCUCGCGAUCGUGUGCGGGACUGCGGUCGGCACUCAGCAACGAGUACGACUAUGACACAUUCCAGGCCAUUCUGGAUCGUGCGAACUUAGUCAUCCAAACGGAUGACAAGGCCGCAAACGAACGGCAGUCCCAGCCGCAUUACGUGGCUAAGCAGGGCUAUCAACGUCCGACACAUAACAAUGCCGUGAUUUCUGAAGAAACAGACGAUCUCCACGUUGCAGCAGCAUCCUCGAGUGAUGGAGGAAUUGUAGCAGCACUCCCGCCGAAGCGUCCCAACAGAGUUCGGAAGAACAAGGCGACACAAGAAACAGCAUCGACGGGAACUGGGCAGCAGCCAUGGACGACUUACAAGAUAACCAAGGAUGUCUAUAACCUUCGUCAAAAGUACGGAUACUGCCUCUGGUGCAACGACGUCGCGCAUGUGACCGCACAAUGCCCCGAAAAGGGCAAGGCACGUGCACCCCGCUACAAGUCCGAUCCGACUUACUCUCAGCUUUACGCGGAGCUUUCAUCGGAUCACCCGCCGGCUAGCCACUAUCGGAUUUCCGACGGGUUCCUUCUCCUUCACACGAGAGGAAAGGACUUGUUAGUUGUGCCCCAAGAUCGCAUCUUACGGACUCGUCUUCUCGGCGAAUUCCACGACGCACGACUUUCGGCAUACCUUGGCGUGAACCGCACACUAGCACGCCUCCGCCAGCGUUUUCACUGGCCCGACGUCCUUCAUGACGUCACGAGGUACAUUGAGUCAUGUGCAGUUUGCCACCGAAACAAGGGUCGAUCUCGAGUCCCCUUCGGCGAACUGAAACCGUUGCCGAUUCCUCGAGCACCACGCCUCUCCAUUGCUAUGGACGUGACAGGCCCGUUUCCCCGCGAUCGCCACGGCYAUGACGGUAUUCUCACGGUCGUUGACCGUUUGAGCAAGUAUUCUUGCUUCCUUCCUUGCAAGUAUCAUGCUGCAGCGCCUGAGCUCGCACGACUCUUGCACACCGGUUGGAUUACCAACCAAGGUGUUCCGGAAGACAUAGUGAGCGACCGAGAUACUCGUUUCAUGUCAGCCUUUUGGACUUCCCUCAUGGCUGAGUCCGGUACGACAAUGAAACCGAGCUCAGCUCGGCACCCGCAGACGGAUGGUCAGACAGAACGCGCGCACCAGACCGCUCAGAUGAUGUUGCGUACGCUCAUCCGUCCCGACCAGAAAGAUUGGGUUGACCGGCUUCCCGACAUUGAGUUCGCCUAUAACACUUCGGUGCACCCGGCGAUCUGCAUCACACCAUUCGAGUUACAUCAUGGUGGAGAGAAAGCACGGAUCUUCGCUGAUCUCCUUUUGCCACAGGCUGCCGACAUAGACGUCCCUUGCUCUCUUGCUUCCGUCCGGAAGUACCGAGACUUGCUGAUCAAAGCCCCCACAAAUAUGCAAAAGGCUCAGAUCCGCAUGCAGCAGCAAGCUAACCGACGUCGACUUCCAUGUCCUUUCCGCAAGGGAGACCUUGUUUGGGUCCUCUCCGAGGAAUUUGCGCUUGAGCAGGACGUUCCGCGCAAACUCCUUCCGAAAUGGUUCGGACCAUUGAAAGUCACUUCUGCCGUUGGAGACGAUCCCGCAGGUCCUUCCUUCGUGAUCAACAUUCCACCGCACCUGACAGUGCAUCGGGUCUUCCACGCAUCAAAGCUGGCCAUCUACACGCCACCUUCAGAUGACGAGUUUCCCGGACGUCGAUCACAGGAUCCGCCCUCCAUGGACGGACAUCAGGAAGUGGACUGAGUCAUCACGCACCGCAAGUAUGGCAACAAGCCAAUGCAGUACAAAGUCACAUUCAAGCAAUGUGCGCUUGAUGAC